UCUCCAGAAAUGGCAGGUCUUACACUCUUGGUACUUGUCCUCGUGGCUGCUUGCAGUGCCUCCACUAUUCCCCAAUCCGCUGUGCAUCCGCGGGAUUUGAAGGUGGAAACAAGGAACAUUGAAGGUCGGAUCACCAAUGGAGCUUUGGCGACCGAGGGACUAAUACCAUAUAUUGUGGGAGUGAGCCUGAACAGCAACGGACGCUGGUGGUGGUGCGGUGGCUCAAUUAUUGGACACACUUGGGUGCUCACUGCCGGUCACUGCAUUGAUGGUGCCGACGAGGCUUCCCUGUACUACGGUGCCAUCAACUACAACGAACCUGCAUUCCGCCACACCGUGGGCAGGGAGAACCUGAUCAUGUACCCAGAAUAUCACGGACGGGAUGCAGAUUUGGCCUUGAUCAAGACCCCUCAUGUGGAUUUCUACAGCCUGGUUAACAAAAUUGAGCUGCCCAGUCUGGAGGAUCGGUACAACUCUUAUGACAAGUCCUGGGCUCGGGCCUCCGGCUGGGGUGCCAUCUACGAUGGUAGCAAUGUGGUCGAGGAUCUCCGAUUUGUGGAUCUCCAAGUGAUCUCCGUGGCGGAGUGCCAGGCUUAUUACGGAACUGAGACCGCCUCCGAGAACACCAUCUGCGUGGAAACUCCCGAUGGCAGGGCCACUUGCCAGGGCGAUUCUGGUGGCCCACUAGUCUCCCAAGAGGGUAACAAGUUGAUUGGAGUUACCUCGUUUGUCGCCGAUCGCGGCUGCCAGGUGGGUGCUCCGGCUGGGUUCACCCGUGUGACCAAGUACUUGGAAUGGAUCAAGGAGGAAACUGGAAUUUAUUAUUAAAAUAUGUAUAUUAUAUUUUAAUCAACUUAAAUA